GUAAGUAAAUAGUAACCACAGCACAAAAUCCGAUAGCCCAAAACCGGCCGGCGAGCAAAUUAAAUAAGCUGAGGAGAUGAUGCGCAGCAUGGCAAGCUCCACCGCCCCUCCGAGAGGCAUCGCUGCCGUCGUCGGCGUUGGGCCAAAGCUCGGCCGCUCCAUCGCCCGCAAGUUCGUCCACGAAGGAUACACCGUCGCUAUUCUCGCUCGAGACUUAGGUGCUCUGUCGAGAUUUGCAGAUGAAAUCGCGAGAGAAGAGAAAGCGCAAGUGUUCGCCAUCCGUAUAGAUUGUUCGGAUACUCGGAGUAUACGAGAAGCUUUCGAAGGCGUUCUCUCUCUCGGAUUCGUAGAAGUUUUGGUCUACAAUGCAUACAAGACGGCACCGGCUCUUCAAUGCACAAAUUUCAUGGACAUUAAGGUCGAAAACUUCGAAAAAUCCAUGGCCGUUUCCUCCGUCGGGGCGUUUCAUUGCGCUCAACAGGUAUUACCAGGAAUGGUGGAAAGAGGUAGAGGGACGAUUCUCUUCACAGGCUGCGCAGCUUCUCUUUCAGGGAUCGCCGGCUUUUCUGAAUUAUGUUGCGGAAAAUUCGCAUUGCGUGCCUUAUCGCAAUGCUUGGCGAGAGAGUUUCAACCGCUGGGUAUACACGUUGCUCACGUCAUCAUCGACGGAGUUGUCGGCGCACCACGAGGGCCAGCGGCAACGUCGUCUUCGGCUUUAUUAUCAUCAUUAUCGUGUUCGCAGCAGAAAUGGGGGGUCAGAGAAAUACAGCAGAAUGAAGGAGGCGAUGAUGGAUCAAUGGACCCAGACGAGUUGGCUCGCACGUACUGGCAUUUGCACAUCCAAGAUCGGUCCGCUUGGACCCAAGAGAUUGACCUCCGCCCUUUCAGAUCCACAUUCUAAAUAUAUUCUAAAAAAACAAAGCAAAUUUUAUGCAGAUUUAUUUGUCAUGUUCCCUCAUCAAUUAUUCCAAGUCAAGCAAGCUGUACUUUAUCGUUUUUUCUUUUUUCUUUGUUUUGAAUUUUUUCUUACACUCGUAUUUUUUAAAGUUCGACUCUUGUAUUUAAUGAAGAAAGAUUGUAAUAUAUUUUUCGAAAUAUACGAGUAAUUUUUGCACUUUGUUUGAACUAUUUGUCUCGUUGUAACGAAUUUGAUAUGGUUAUUUAUAUGGUAACAAAAAGCAAAAGAAUGGGUGCGUUACGUUUGGGCGGAAUUACUCUACAUCACCA